AGUUGGCAACACUGCUAUACAGCUCCACACAAGUUUUGCUUUGGACUACGGCAACACGCUAUCUUCAUUUUCGUGGACUUGCUUCUCAUUUUUUUUCAUUUAACGUCUGCCACAGCUCGUCUUCAGUUACUACGGUAAGAAAAUAAUCCAACUUGGUUUAUUUAUCGACAGCAUUGUGUUGCAGGCAGUGAAGGCGCAAAUGAUAAAUUUACGUUAGCUUUAACUCGUUUCUAGCAUUAGCGUUAGCUACAUUAGGCUGAAAAGAGCCUUGCAAAACCAGCAGUGCGCGUUUUGAGACGUGUUUUGGAGACGGGUGUAUUAAUGGAAACCGUCUAAUUAGUAUAUCUAUAUUUCAAUGCUUUGUCUAAAUGCGGCCUGGAUUUUCCCGCUUUGUUUGACAUCCGGCUGAAGCUUAAGUUAGCUAGCCUCGCAGCUGUGUCAUAUUGACUAUGUAUUUUUGCAGCAUAUGUGGAGAAUCGGUUCAGUCCGUGAAAGCUUAUGUUUUGCAUUGCAGACUGCAUCGUAAUGAACCCCGGUGUAUUUUUAAAUGUGUUGAAGUAAGUUGUAAGCAGGUGUUUUCUGGAUAUGCUGCUUUAAAGUCUCACUUCUACCGCCACCACACUGGUACCGCAACUGUUUCUCAGAAUGCUACCUUAAUGGGUUUGAACUGCACUGUCUCACUUUGUGAACGCCAAUGUGAGGGAACUAAAGCUUUGAUUGCUCACUUAAAGGAACACAUAGAAGAGGGACGGCAUGUAACUUGUCCAGUGAGAGGAUGUCAAAGUGUGUUCUCUGUAAAAUCUACAUCUACCUCCCAUAUGUCUAGAAAACACAAACGUUUGGAAGGGGAUGCAAUUGCAGGAGUGCUUCCGGACCUUCCUGAUCAACUUCUCAAUCUCUGGCACUUCGACACCAAUCGCUGUACUUUCCUCUCCAGUGGAUGUCCUUCUUUCUCCACCCUUAAUUUCUUCUUCACCAACAUCAUCCACCACUACUUCAUCACCUUCAGGAAUCUGUACACCAUUACUACCAAACUGGGUAGAGAGAUUUGAGAUACCAUGGCAGAGGCUCCCUGAGGAGUUGGUACAGAACUUGGAAAGACAGAAAAGACCAAGCGCAAGACAAAGACGAGAAAUGGUAAGGAUUGUGGUCUCUGAAAUGAUGAAGACUUGUAAGAAUCCAACCAAACACAAUACUACAGAGAUAGCAAAAAGGAUGGUGGCCAAGUAUCCCAAGUCUCUUCAAGAUGUGAUUGAUGGUGAUGUUAUUGGACCUGGAUAUCAUUCCCUGGUAAAGCAACUUCAGGCAAGAGUUGAAAAUGUCAAGCGACCUGACAUACCAAAGGAAAGAAAACGUAAAGCAAUAUCAGAUGACGACAACGACACAGACGAAAUACCAGCUGAACAAAAAGCAAGGGUUCAAGACACAUAUGGCUGUAUUAGCUGGGAGCCAAAGCAUUUGCCACUCUCUGAGACUGUGGAGAGUCAGCUUGAAAAAAAAGAAGAAAUGAAGAAGCUGUUUAAAAAGAAUAACUACAGUACAGAUGUUGUGAAAGAACUAGUCAAGUGCACCUAUUACACGCAGCGUAAAGACAUCAACAAAGGGGCAAGCAUCCAGAAACUAUGCCAGGAAUGGCCCUUUCUCUUCAAUGAAGUUGGUAUGACCGCACAUUUCCAAGAAAUGACUGGUGUGAAUCUGAUGGAGACCUUCCUUGCCAAUGUAGACAAAAAGGGUGCACGUCUGUUAAAGUUCCUCAAAUAUGUUGAUGCACAAAAGCACAAGCAAGUCCUGAAUGCUGUUCUCAAACUUCAGACUGAAAGAGGUCAGUCCAGUGGUUGCUUGCAAGAGGUCAUUGAGAUGAUGCUUCUUUUACUGGCUCAUUUUGACGAGAAGGGAGAGCUUCUGUUCCACUGCGUUGAGAUGACAAGCCUUGCAGAAGAUGUUCAGAUGGAGAAAGUGCCACCAACGCCCUUCAUCAUUGUUGGCGGUUCCUCCUGCUUCGCUGCUGAGACAUUCAUGUUGAGCAUUGACAAGAAGAUUGUCAACAACCGCAUCACAACCUUCACCUCUGCUAUCUGCCUAAUGUUUGGCAGUUACUACUGCUUUAACAUACACUACCCUGUGGAACUACGAUCAACACUGGAGUUCCUUCAACGGUGUUUCUUUUCCAUAAAUCCUGAGAGAGGCACCAAGGUUGAAUCCAAGAAGAAAAGUGUUCUCAGUCAAUCCCAGAGUCCUCACUCUCAUCUCAGACAUUGCUGAUCAUGAGUGGAUCUAGUCCUACCCCUCUUGUUUGAGACAAAGUGAUAAAGGUAUACUAUGUUACAUACUCUACAGAUGUUCUGUUUUUGAAACAUUGUUACAUUUCUGAUUGUGAGUGGGAAGUUUUUAACAAUGUGAAGUUUUACUAGACAAAAUUUCUAAAAGUACAUGUUCUACUUUUGAUUCACUGUUUUAUAUAUGAAAAAUGUAUCUGGUAAAAAUGUGGUAAACCUGUUAUUUUUGUUUCUUGGAUUUUAAUUUUCCCAGUUUUAAAGAUAUUUGUAUUCCAAUAGUAGAGCUGGGCGA